UUGUACAGUAUAAAAACAUUACGCCUAUGGACUGUCCCCACGGGGAUAGUCAACCAAAGCUGUGUGUGUGUGUUCAUGUUUGUAUAUCCCGGUGGGGACCUAAACCUGAAUACACACCAACACAUGGGGACUCGUGUCACCGUGGGGACCAAAAUUGAGGUCCCCAGGGGCAAAAAAGCUAAUAAAUUGUACAGAACAAUAUUUUGUACAAAUCUAAAAAUGCAAAAAGUGUUCUAUGAUCUUUAGGUUUAGGGAUAGGGUUAGGGAUAGGGGAUAGAAUAUACAGUUUGUACAGUAUAAAAACAUUACGCCUAUGGACUGUCCCCACGGGGAUAGUCAACCAAAUUUUCUGUGCGUGCGUGCGUGCGUGCGUGUGUGUGUGUCCCUGUACCCCCAUUUUGUGGCACGCACAACAUUUACACCUGUUAAAAAAAUGUUAGUGAUUUUUUUUAAACUACAUCAAAACCUGAAAUGUAACAUUACAACAGAAAGCAGGUGCCCCUUAACUACAGUAGGCCUAAUUGUUAAAAAUACUUAAUGGAAAAGAGUUGUUUUUGUGUUCUAUUCUACAAAAGUGUCAUGUUAAUGUAUAAUUCUUGUAAAAUAGUAUAUUGUAAAUUGCUGAGUUUCAUUCUUAUAAAAUCUUUUAAUAUAUAAAUCUUUUAAUGAGUGGAUUCUUGCGUGUGGGUUGAUGGGGGGGAACCUCUGGGGCUGUUGCCCAGGGGCACCAUGAGGUCUUAAUACGCCUCUGGUUACAGCAAUCAUAAUGCAAACAUUCGGAGAAAAAAACCUGCAUAAAUUACGACAAAAACGAGAUAUUCUAAACGUAAAACAAGAAAUAUGUUAUUGACAAGAGACGCGGAUCAUCUACAUCUAAAUAAAGCUUUACAAGCGGUGUUCCUGUAAUUUACCGUAAACCACUCAAUAAGCGCGCAUCUGAACCUAAACGGCGGCUGGUUUGACCGUGUAUUUUCAAUCCGCGGCUGGCUUGACCGCAGUGUGGUAUCCGGCGGUGUGCCUAAACUAAAGUAAUUUGCGCGUUAUCGCCAUUAACCUGUAGAAAACGUGUCAGUCUACAAGGUAAGUAAUUUGAACUUCUUUAUUAUUAUAACAACUUCAAACUGCAUAUUAUCUAUGUAGCAGUUUGAUGGCUAUGCGUUUUCUUAUUUUGUAACCCACUAUUAAAAAAUGACGAGAUUAACAUUUCACAGCAAUGACAGUAAAAGAACGAAAUAGGGAGCAGCUGUGUCUCAAAAUGCUGGUAAAUUAGGCUUCAAGUUAUUUACAUCUAUGCGCAUUCAUUAUGACUUUUAAUUCCUAAAAAAUAAAUAAAUAAAACUUCUGCAGCAAUGUACUGGUCACGGUAUAUGGUAUAAACACAAUAUAAUGGUGAUAUGUAACUUCACAGUUAAAAAUUAAAUACAGUGGUGUUUUAGUGCAUAUAUCUGCACUGAUUUGACAUUCACAAUAUAAUAUGGUAAAUUAUUAGUGUAUUUGGCUUACUGUUCGUAAUGGAGUUGUCUCAAUAUCGAACAUUUCACCCUGUUCUACUGAAAGAGAAACAAUGCAAGUGAAUGUAUACUAUAUGAAUAUAAAGUUAAGGUAGAUAUGAGAUGGAAGAUGAAUACAGGAAGAAUUGUCACUGGAGAUGUAACAAGCAAGCACUUACAUAUGGUGAUUGCUAAUUAAAUUAACUUGCUCCUCCCAAAUUCCUGUCUGGCUCUAAACUAUAUUUACCAUACUAUAACCUCAUUUAACUUACUAAAAUUACUUAUUUUUAUAAGUUAAUAGCUAUUCCUAUCAUAUGAAUUGUGAUUACAUUACAAACAGUUGACUUUAAAGUUACAACACGGAGUAUCUCACAUUUUAAAUUAAUUGCACAGAACAUCACAAUGCAGGCCAAGUGUCCUUUUAAAUGUAGUCAUUUGUUGUGUGUUUUAAAUGAAAAUAAUUAAAAAUAUAAUGUGUUUUUUUGUUGUUAUAUAUUUUCAUUGUAUAUACAUACUGUUGAUAAAAUUAUAUUUUCACACUUUCCAUGUAAACAGAGAAUGUUGCACCAACGGCUACACAUGAGAUGGCCCUUUUAAGACAUCAGUUAGAAGCAGAAAAGGAGAAAGGUGCUUUGAAAGAUGACACUAUUAACCUGUUAAAGGAGGACAAGGCCUAUCUUCAGUCUGAAUUGGCUCGAAAGGACGAAUUUAUCCGGGAACUUAUUUCUAACAAGAAGGAAGAAAUCCCUGGUCCAAGUAGAUAUCUAGAUAUGAACCAUACUCAACAUAAAAGAAAGAAAACCCAGAAACUUGAAAAGUCUGAUGAAUCAGAUGAUGACUCCUCUGUACUGUCAGACUCCUCUGUUGAACUGCCAAACAAGUCCACAGUGCGGAAACACAUGAGGCAAACCCUGGUACCCAAAAGUGACCAUGCACGUGUGAGAGUGAAGAACAUCAAAGGCAUUGUGGCAAGGUACAAACUGGCACUAGAGGCUUUCAAAAAGGGGAGCUCAAUGAAAGCUGCCUUUGAGAGCUUGGGACUGGACCGAGCUACCAUCGCCUGUACAGCAGUAGUUGCUGAACUAAAAUUAGCUGCUCCUGAGGCCUUUGACACCAUCGCUCCAUGGAAUGAGCGUGUGGAGAAACUCUCAACAUUUAUUGUAAGAUGUCGUGCCGCAAUCAGCAGUGACAUCAAAGAGAAAAUUUCCAAAAUGAAAAUAGAUGGAGAACUUUUGCCAAUGGCCAAUACUUUCUGAGACAUGUAGUGUGUUAGAGACUUGUUCUCAAUGUUCUUGUUCAUUUCUGGCAUAUCUAUUUCUCAGGAAUUUCUUUUUCAAGCACUUGUAUGAAUGGAAAUUUUGACUUGUUAACAUGUAUUCCUCGUCAGCCAUAUGCAAUGUUUCAUAUACUGUGGUUUGAUGUAAUACUUAAAAAAUAAUAUUGCUGUGUUUUACUAGUAUGCAAAUCGCAACUGUUUGUAUUAAUAGGAUUUCAGGAUUUGCAAAUAAAUCAUUUAA